UUUUCGCGAAGGAAUCUGAAACAGCGUCGUACGUUGAACUUCGUCGCUUCAUCAUCUUCAGGACCUUUGUGGUGCCGAGAAGAAGAGGAGUGAGAAAAGAUGUCGUACGACGAUGUGGAGAUCGAGGACAUGGAGUGGAACGAGGAGCUCCAGGCUUAUACGUACCCUUGUCCAUGCGGCGACCUCUUCCAGAUCACGAAGGAAGAGCUUAAGCUUGGCGAAGAGAUUGCUCGAUGCCCUAGUUGCUCCCUGUACAUCACUGUCAUCUAUAACAUGGAGGAUUUUCUCGACGAUCGAAAUUCUAAGAAGAAUCUCGAGCCGCCAGCGCAACAAGCCGUUACCGUCGCCUAAAUUGCAGGUGUCCUGAAACGGAGAAAGCUAUAGAUUUUUGGUGCGGCUUCAUUGAUCAUAGCAUACACCGAAUUUUUCUUGCGGUCAGGAAUUCGUUGUUUGAGAUGAAAAAGGGGAGAGAACUAUUGUAAUCUAGUGUAGUUCGACAAGAAU